AUGCACAGUCACACACGUGCACACACACAAGUGCUCAAUAAACUCAAUACGUCUUGGGCCCGGAGAGCCGUGGCUGCGGCGGCUCUGGAGGAUGGGCUCAGUAGUGCACGGCCCCCGCUUGGCGCCUGUCUUCGAGGGGCCGCCGUUCCCCUGGGGCUGUGCCCGGCUGGGUCUGCUGAGGGGCCUCUGGGAACACGGCCCUCGGUCUUGCCCACAGAUCUCCGGCCCUUAGACAUGCUCUCGGAGGUCGUCCCCUCGGGUGGGCUGCGCAUGAUUCAGGCGCGCGGAGCCCGGGGCUUCCAGCUGUCUGCCGUGGCCAACACCCGCCUUCUGAGCUUCCCGGCCUCCAGGAUCUUCCUACACUGUGACCUCUUUCCAGAAGAAUUUUCCAUCGUCGUCACCCUGAAGGUCCUCAGCCUCCCAGCCAAGAAGAACGAAUACAUCUUCGCGGUGGUGGAGGACCACAGCGACACGCUGCUGCUGGGGCUACGCUACUCGCCCGACAAGCUGCACUUUGUCUUCCUGAGCCGGGAGCCGUCUGGCAGCUGGCAGACCCGAGUGACCUUCCAGGAUGUCCCUCUGACGGACGACCGCUGGCACACGCUGGUCCUGGCCGUGUCCGAAGGCUCCUUCUCACUCACGGCGGACUGCAGCGUGCCCACGGACGUGAUGGUCGACACGCCGUUCCCAGUAUCGCUGAGCAUGGAGGGAUCCAGGUUUUUCAUUGGGAGUCGGCGGAGAGAGAAGGGCAUCUUCACUGGCUUGUUGAGGCAGCUGGUUCUGCUUCCAGGCUCCGAUGCCACCUCCCAGAUUUGCCCAAGCAGGAACGCUCAGCUGGCCGUGCUGUCCAUCCCCUCAGUCCUGCAAGACCUCACAGGGUCGCCAGCCGACAGGGUGCUUCAUUAUCCUUAUGAAGCUGACCUGAAAGUGUCCUUGGGGCCUCGGCCUCAGUGCACCCAGAUGGAAGAUGCCCGAUUCUGGCUCGAUGUCUCUCGGAGGGGUCUCUACCUGUGCGUCGCCAAUGAGUGGAUAGCCAUGAUAGAAGCCAAAGUGAAGCUGGACUACGUGGAGGAGCACCAGAGGCUGGCCACGCUCUCCGAGACCCUGGGCAUCGAGGUGUUCACCAUCCCCCACGUGGGGCUGCUUGCCGCCGCAGCCAAUCGCCAGGCCACGUCCACCGUCUACAAGUGGGUGGACGGCAAGUUCGUUUCUUAUCAGAACCUGCCGACUCAGCAAGCCCAGGCGUGGAAACAUUUCACCAUUGGAAAAAAGGUCUUCCUGGCGGUGGCCAACUUGGAGCCGGAGGAGAAGGGGCAGCAGGAGUUCUCGGUCAUCUACAAGUGGAGUCACCGGAAGCUCAAGUUCGUGGCCUACCAGAGCAUCGUCACCCACAGCGCCAGGGACUGGGAGGCCUUCGAGAUCGAGGGCGAGUCCUUCCUGGCCGUGGCCAACCACCGAGAAGGGGACAACCACAACAUCAACAGCGUCAUCUACAAGUGGAACCCCAGGUCGGGGCUCUUCGAAGCGAACCAGACCAUCGCGACGUCGGGCGCCUACGACUGGGAGUUCUUCACCGCCGGCCCCUACUCGUUCCUGGUGGUGGCCAACACGUUCAAUGGCACGUCGACCAGGGUGUUCUCUCACGCCUACGUGUGGCUCGUGGGGGCCUUCCGGCUCUUCCAGUCUUUCCCGACCUUCGGGGCCACUGACUGGGAAGUCUUCCACAUCGGGGAGCGCCUCUUCCUGGCCGUGGCCAACAGUCACAGCUACGACAGCGACACUCGAACCCAGAACAACUCCUACGCCAUCAACUCCGUCAUCUACGAGCUCAACGUCACCGCCCAGAUGUUUGUCAAGUUCCAAGACAUCCCCACCUACAGCGCCCUCGACUGGGAGUUUUUCUCCGUGGGAGAAGACAACUUCCUGGUGGUUGCCAACUCCUUUGACGGGGAGUCCUUCUCAGUGAACAGCAUCAUCUACAGGUGGCAAGGCUUCGAAGGCUUCGUGGCAGCGCACCGGCUCCCAACGUUUGGCUGCAGGGACUGGGAAGCCUUCAACACCAGUGCCGGGGCCUACCUCAUGUAUUCCAGUGCCAAAGAGCCGCUGUCCAGGGUGCUGAGGCUGAAAACAAGCUGAGGCCCAGCCGCACCGGAUCUGCUCCGGCCCCCUCCAGGCUCUGGGUCUCCCGAGCCCCCCCCCCCCCCAGGUGGUGCUCUCUUCGGUCUUCCCCCAGGCGGGCCACUUCCGGCUUCCCAGGCCCCUCUGGGUGGGGGCCAGAAAGGGGGGCUCUCUGAGCUGUAGGCUCGGCCCUAGGGCGGAAUGGCCUGGGCGGGGUCUCUGGCCUCCAGACCCGGGCAGCUGACAGACUGGCUCCGAAGGCCUUCCAUCCCCCUGGAGCUCUAGGGGACUAAAGGGAAGAGGAGCUCCGGGGCUGCCGCCGGCCUCCCUUUGGCCAUCCGGAAUGUGUCCGGGCGGCAGAACUCUUGGGACGCCCCUUCGGGCUCGGGAUCCCAGAGAAGCUGCGCCGCAGCGGGAAGAGAAAUGGGCCAACCGCGUUCACUUGGGGUCUCGGCCUCUGCUCGUAGAAAGCCCGGAGGGCCUCCCCGAGGCGGUUACCCGCGUUUUUCUUAACCUCUAGCCCUCCCGCCCGCCUCACGUCCAGUCUUCUGGAAGUCUCUCCUACUGUAUCUCCGCAGUUGGGUCGGGGGGGGUCCUCUCCUCAGCCCCCCCCCAGGCUCCCCCCUCGGUGUCUGCCUCCACUUCCUGGUCCUUCCCUUCAAACAGGGGAGCGAUGUGUUCAGAGUUACUGUACAAUUUCCGGGAGGGAGGCUCGCUUCCGGCGGGCUUCUCCAGGAAACGGGGCAUCAGUCUGGGUCCGCGGCUUGCCCCGCCCCCACCCCAUUUCUCCCAAUAAAGCCUUAUGUGCCAAGC